AUGUCGCUCGCACGCUCAACAGAUCCCCUAGUCUGGAUCGACUGCGAAAUGACAGGCCUAAACGCCGAAACUGACCAAAUCAUCCAAAUCUGCUGCUUCAUAACCGACCACAGCCUAAACCUCCUCGACACCACCCCCUUUGAAAGUACAAUCCACGUCCCAGACCCAGUCCUCGCCAACAUGUCCCAAUGGUGCAUCGACACGCACGAACGCACGGGCCUCACAGCCGCCGUCCGCGCCUCGACCACCUCCGCCGCCACCGCCGCCGACGCCCUCCUUGCCUACAUCAAAGCUCUCGUUCCCACGCCGCGCACUGCCUUGUUGGCCGGUAACAGUGUGCAUGCUGAUAAAGCGUUCUUGGUUAAGGGGCCUUACGCGAGGGUGUUGGAGCAUUUGCAUUAUCGCAUUUUGGAUGUUAGUUCGUUGAAGGAGGCUGCGCGAAGGUGGGGGAGUGACGAGCUACUGGCAGACAUGCCCCUUAAGAAGGGGGUCCAUCUUGCCAAGGAUGAUAUUUUGGAGAGUAUUGAGGAGAUGAGGUUUUAUCGGGAUCGGUUGUUUAGUUAG